AAGAGUUAUUCAAUGAACCGGAAAUGUCACCCGUUACGCAAACUUUCUAUUGGAACCGGACAUGUGACGUAACAGAGACCCAGCAUUCAGCAGGAGAAGGGUGCUCACGUGACUCCAAAGCCUAGUAAGUCUCUAGUCACGGUGACAGCAGCGGCUAAAGGUCUGCGCUGUAUAGUCCCGCCCCCGUAGUGCUGACGUCAGCUCCUAAGAUCACAGCACUGGGAGAAAGCAGCAGGGGAAUCUAGAAUCUUCUUACGGCAGCAGCGCCUCCUUCAGAACGUCUUCUGUUUGUAAACACCCCUGCUCUGCGCCAAGCUUUGAGAUGUCCCAGAGACUUGUGUGUAGUAGCCGGCUCGGCACCGGUUCAGCGUCAGGUGGAACUACAGCCGCCUUGCUUCUACCUCUGCCCUCCACAGACGGUCUCCGCUCGUUGGCGGAACCUAAACUAGAACACCCGCCGCCUGAACCGGCGCUCAAUACGGUGAAGAAGAGAGCGGCCAGGGGCUGCGUCAUGAGCGGGCUGCCCUACUACUGCAGCGGGGAGGUCGUCAGGGGCUUCGGCCGCGGGUCCAAGGAGCUCGGCAUCCCAACAGCUAAUUUUCCUGAACAAGUUGUAGACAGCCUUCCAUCUGACCUCACCACUGGGAUCUACUAUGGCUGGGGCUGCGUUGGCAAUGGGGAGGUUUACAAAAUGGUUAUGAGUAUAGGCUGGAAUCCCUUCUACAAGAACACAAAGAAAUCUGUGGAAACCCAUAUAAUUCAUCAGUUUAAAGAGGACUUCUAUGGAGAAAUACUAAGUAUUGUUGUUGUGGGCUACAUUAGACCAGAGAGAAGUUUUGACUCUUUAGAUUCCCUGAUUGCUGCGAUUCACAGCGACAUUGAAGAAGCCAAGAAGCAACUGGACCUACCAGAACAAAGGAAACUCAUGGAGCACUACUUCAGCAAUUCCUAUAAAAUUAUGAACGGUCAUUGACAGCGGCUUGUGGUCCCAUGCUGGAAUGUAUAUUGUUGCACUAGCAUAUUUGUGUUAAACCUUAGUGGACAUCAGACCAACCCUUCUAUUUAUUUUUUUUAAAAUGUUAAAUACGCCUUUAGCAUGGCCUGGAUAUGACUAAUGGUGUUGGUAUUGAUGCUUUAAAAAAAAAAAUUUGUCAAGAUGAAACUUUGAAUCAAAAUUUCGCACUAACAUAAUUUAUGUAUUACAUGUUAUCUGCUAUAGGGUGCAUUAUAGCUCACAACACAAGUUUAUUGGAUACCCCUUUUUAGGAUGUAGCCCAUAAAGCAAUUAGCUGACUUUGCCAGUCAAAGCUGCUUCCAGCCUGGCACUUCCCCUUCAUGACCAGCGCUGGCAUAAUGUAGUAUUACAUGACGGCCUACCACAACCGGAGCCAGUUGUACAGAGUGUCUCUUUGUUGUGGCUGAUAGGGGAGAUCUGGAGCACAGGACCGCCCUCUAUGCUGUAUAUACGCUCUUAUAAGGUAUAUUGACAGGGUUUUCUUAAGAUAAGCCCUUUUACAUUACAAUUUCAAGAGUCUGCAAGCAAAGCAGCUGUGGGAGUCCACUAAUAUUUUGUCAUGAUAUUGUCAUUCCCAGAGUUAUAGUAUAGCUGUAACAUGUGUGGUGUAUUCCGUCUCCUGUUUAGUUGUUCUAGAAUAUUCCAACUACUUAAAGGGAUACAUUUCAGCUGGAUUUAUUUAUUGUCUGACGAUACAGGUCCAUUCCCCUGGUUUUCUUUUGUUUAAUAAAGGGGCAGUUGUAGGAAAUACCUACAGUUUCUUCUAUUAAUAGCCUUUUGUAAAAAUCUACAGUAUUUUCAUAUAAAUGCGGUUCUACUGCAACAGUAACGGUUUCAGGAAAUAAAAUUCAGCAAGAAAAAAAGAAUAAAAGGCGGUUUUCAGAUGCAAUAUCUGAACAAGGUUUGAUUUUUUGUUUCUUUGAAAACAAACUUAUUUACUGCAAUAUUUGACCACUGUGCUUAACUUUUAAGAAUAUAAUGUUAAUAAUUCAUAAAGCUAUCUACUGUAUAUCUGUAGCUUAGGCAGUCAUAUACUUAUAAGUAUGUAAGUAUACUCACAUAUACAUAAGUGCUAUUUACAGAAAUGUACACAUGGUUCAUAUGUCUUCACCAAGUUGAUGUUGUCCUUCACAAUAUUAUUCCGUGGCAGAAAUCCUAAUAUUUUAGGUUGGGUUAUGUAUUAGAGAUGAAGGAUUUCUCUUUGCGUUUGUCUUGUGAGGGUUUUCUACUAUUCUAUCUGUGCCUGUUUUGACUUAUGUUUUUAUAAAAUGGUUCAUGGUGUGUCAAACUCAGUACCUUUUUAUAUCUGUGUCUGUCUGUUGCUUAAUGCAACCCUUUAUCUUUAACCCUUUUAAUUCACCAAAUAUUUGAUUAGUAAAGUUUUGUUUAGCUGUUCUGUAUAUUGUUAAAGGGGUACUCCCUUGGAAAACUUUUUUUUUUUUUUAAUUAACUGGUGCCAGA